CUUCAGUAUUUCAUAUUUUCCCCCUUCUCUCCCACCGUGUUGUGAUAAUGUUUAAUGGCUUAUAAUGAUGAUGAUGGGAUGAUUUUUACUUCGAAAACUGUGACAGUUGUUAAGUUAAGCUUCAGUUGUUUUAUCUAGUCGAUAUGAAGCUGAGUUAUGCCUUCAGAACCAUCUUGAGGGAGGAAAGUUUUGCUGCUCUGUAUAAAGGGAUUGUUCCUGGCCUUUUCCUCCAGGUUUCUCAUGGUGCAUCUUUUACAGUUUAUGAACUCCGUACAUUUAUUGCCAACUCGAGGUCUGGAUGGUCCAAAGUGGAUGCUCAAAGUUCUGGGGAAUUACUGAAUUCAGUUGAUUAUGCUGUUCUUGGAGGAUCUUCUAAAAUUGCUGCCAUGCUUCUGACACACCAAUUUCAAGUAAAUAGAAAUUUGACUUAUGAAUGUCCCUGUGGCUUUGAUCACGUUCAUUGUGUACGAAAACGUCUUAAACUUCCUCAAACUGACAAGACAAUGGGAAUAAAAUUUGUUGUUCCAACUAUAUUGCUAUUUCUUCAUUGCAAAAGCUGGAGGUGAAGCACAGAGCUUAUGUACAAAGACAUUUAUAGAGGAAAAAGUCCACUGAAGUCUUGCUGAGCUCUCUCCUGUUGGAUGAAAUGGUG